AUGAACUUUUGGGUCUUUUUAUCAUUACUUUGGGUAUCGUUGGCCCAUCAAUACUACAAUGAGUCAUUGGAAAUAACGCCAUUACCUCGAAAUAACUUGUUGGCUCAAUUUGAAUUCGAGGUCAAAUCAUUACCACAAGAAAUCAAAUAUCAUGAGAAUGGAACUGAAUCUUCAACUACUCAUUAUACAUAUUUCCCUAGAAGUGUAGGUCCAUUACUUGAAAAUUCAAAUACAAGAGAAUUGCAUCUUCGAUUCACUCAAGGUUGGUGGGAUGCUGAAUUAUGGGGGAAAGUUCCUUCUGAUGGUAAAAAAAGUGGAGGUACAGGUGUUGAAUUAUGGGCUAUUAUUGAAGCUCCAAGUUCUAGUCAAGCUUUAAAGCAUUGGUAUAAAUUAUCAAAAUCAUUAUCAGGGUUUUUCUGUGCUUCUUUAAAUUUCAUUGAUGAUAGUAUUACCACGUUCCCAUUGUCCUCAUUUGCUGAAGAAAGUUUCAAAGCUGAUGAAGCCAAUAAAUUAUUCUUAAUAAGAGCUGCUUUACCAAGUGAACCAAUUUGUACAGAAAAUUUGACUCCUUUUUUGAAAUUGUUACCAACUAGAGGUAAAGCUGGAGUUUCUUCUUUAUUGGAUGGUCAUAAGAUCUUUGAUUCUCUUUGGCAUUCCAUGUCCAUUGAUAUUAAAACUCAAUGUGUUGAUGAUGUUUGUAAUUAUCAAAUGGAUCAAAGUAUUUAUGCCAUUAUUGAUGUCCCAAGAUGUUUACGUAAACACGAAGAAGGGGCUAUUGCCAAACCCAUUCAAGGAGAAAAUUUAAGAUGUGAUACAACAAAAGAUCAUGAUAUUUGGAAAUGUUUCCCGCUUGGUUUACCAACAGAAUUAAACUAUGAUUUAGAAACUAUCUUUGGUAGACCAAUCCGUGGUUCUUGUUUCACUGAUGAAGUGUCUCCUGUUAAAGUGAAUUUCAAAGAUGGCUGGAAAAUUGAUAUUAAAGAAGGUUUAAACAUCAACACUUUGAGCUCUGAUCAUCCAAUUUAUGAAAUCAAGGGUACAAAGCCUGUGAAUAUUGACUUCAACAUUUCAAACACUACCAAUAUUCCCAAAAUUGAAGCUGCACCUUUGAUUGUUUCAAGAUCUUUGACAGGUUACUCCCAAGAUAAAGGAGGAUUCAGAGUAUCUUUUACCAAUACACAAGACAAUGAAGUGAAGUUCAUUUAUUUUGAAUCGCUACCAUGGUUUACCAGAUUAUACUUGAAUACAUUGAGGGCCACUGUCGAUGGUAAGGAAGUUGAUUUUAGUGAUUAUGUUCACUUGAAACAUUAUUUACCAGCUAUUGAUAGAAAAAGACCAAGUCACAUGGAAUUAGAGGUCAUCAUUCCAGCCCACAAAACCUUGAUUUUGAAUUAUAAAUUCGAUAAAUCCUUAUUGCUUUAUGCUGAGUACCCACCUGAUGCUAAUCAUGGAUUCUCCGUUGAACCAGCCGUCAUCACGGUAUUCAAUGAUUCAGGGAAAUUGUUUGAAUUGAGAACCACCUCUUCAUUAAUCACUUUACCAACUCCAGAUUUCUCAAUGCCUUAUAAUGUUAUAAUCUUGACUGGUACAGUAAUGUCUUUGGCUUUUGGUUCAGUGGUGAACUUAUUGAUUAAAGACAUCAUCACAGAAGAAGAGUAUGAAAAACUUGCAGCUCAAGGAAAGCUCCAAAAAUUGAUUGCUAAAAUAAGAUUUAGAAUCAAAUUUGUUGUCACCACCAUAAAAAACAUCAUUUUCAAUGUAAAAUCAUUGAUUGCAUCUUUAGUAAGGAAGUAG